UUCGAUGAAAAAUGUCAAUUUGUUAAUUUAUUUCAAUUCUAUAAAGUGUUCAGAAAACAUUAUUUAAAGUAGAAAUGCAAAAUGCCUCCUAAAAAGGAGAAAGAGCGCGGCGAUGACGAUAAUCAUUGGCGAUUACUGAUUGAACAAACACCUUUAAAUGAGCCUACCUGGAGUGUUAAGGUAGUUCUUUUUGAAACAGCCGGAAGCGAACAAGAAAUCAUGUAUUUAAACAAAUUCGAAACAUUCGCUAAAGAAGAGAAAAGGUUCGUAAUUAAAAACAUUUGUAAAUCUGAAACUAUGUUUAUGGUUAAUCAGCUCGGUGCUGAAAAGAAGGUAAAAGAUGAAAACUUACGAGUUUUUGAAGAAGGUCACAUUUACCUAAGAGAAAAGAAAGAUAUACCUCCAGAUAUACUCGCGCUUAUAAUAAAACAUCUUGUUUUAAAAAUGAAACAGGAAUAUCUUUCUAUACAGAAGCAAAAGUUUGUAGUAAGAGAAGGUAUGCGAAAUGAAUCCUUGACAAUGAUAGAUCGGUCUGAAAUAAGAAAUAAUAUGCCAACUCAAAGUGUUCAACCGAGUGAACCGGUUGAGCCUCCACAUCACAAAGGUAAAGGUAAAAAAGAUGAAACAGACGUUAUGAGUACUAUGGUACCCGAAGAAGGCAAAAAAUAUAACACAUUACUUCGUGUACGAGGAGAAGAGUGGAGAGAUAAAGUUUACGUCGAUGACUUCCCACUAGAUGGUCCUAAUUUAUAUUUAGCCAUUACCGGUUUUUUGGAGCCUUGUCUUUUAGAGAGCCUUAUGAAAAUCGGCGUUCCCAUAACAGCUGUUGUUCAAAUAAGAAUUGACCCCACAUGUAAUAAAAUAUCAUCAGGUUAUUUUACAGGAACUAAGAGGGGACACAGCGCAAUUGAAUUGGCUGCAGAAAAAUCAUACGAAUUUUGGAGAACACUACAAGAAUUAAGAUUAGACAACGCGUCCGCUGAAAACUUUAAAGAUAUGGCUUUCAUAGUUUUUACUCCGCCGUACGGAAGUUGUGAGACGUUGUCUAGUAGCGCAGACCGGGUUUACGACGAGCUCAGUUUCCUCAUGUACGACAUACAAGACUUGACGAGGCAACAUGCACAUUAUUUAGACAACAUGGAUGUCAAGUGCAUACCUACUGAUAGUAAGAAUGUUCGUAUGUUGAAAACAUACUAUGAUCAUUUGAACGAAAUUCCUCUAGAAUGUACCACUAUAUUUUCUAUAAUAGAUAGCAUGUUGCAAUCUCUUUGUUACUGCGCUACCUAUGACAGCAAAAGCGAAACAACAUCUCUGUCAACUGAUUUUACAGUAUUGCAAACCAGUUAUAGUACUAAAAGUCCCACUAAUUUAGAUAAAGCCGAUAACCUUAUUAAUAAAGUUUUUGAAACUUUAUCUAAAGGUGAUUAUAACAAGAAAAAUUAUCGAAUAACCUGUGGUGAAGAUUAUGACAAAUAUAAAGAUCCAGUUAUCAUAAACUACGGAGAUUGCGCUCAAUGCACUACUUUUCAUUUAGAACAUAACAAUUUAGACGAUAUCAUUUGUUCUUCGUUAGUUAACAUGCCUAUUUGCAACCUGUGGCAAAAUCAACCCAUUCCUUCGGAGGAGUUACUGGCUAAGGUUAACUUACACGUAAGUGUACUGCACACGUGUUUCGACAAAAAAGAACUUGACGAUUCUUUGUUCACUAGACUUGUUCACAUCUUAUCUUUCCGUAAACUUUAUAAUAAUAGGAGUUCUUUGAAGAAAGGGACUGUUCCGCCAACAAGUAUUUCUGAAUUUAAGAAAAUAUAUUUGAAACGUAGCACUUUCGCGGAACCAUUUCCUAAAACCACGUCGUUAUUCUGGACGAGUAGUGCAACCUCUCCGCCGAGCCCGACUAUAGUAAAAAGUUAUAGUUACUCGAGGGAGGUUUCAAACUCAAGCAACUCCGAGGAGCAACGAAUCGAACUCCUGUUCGAUUGUCCCGAUAUAAGCGAACUAGUAUCCGCGCUUGAGAUAACCAACGAUAAACCUGUCAACCAUUUAAUCGAUGAGUACGAUUUUUUUGAAGAUUUUUCUGGAAUAAAUUCCCUACAAGUAUUACUCAAGGCUUUUACCCAAUUUAAUUGCUUGAAUUACAAGUAUUGUGAAAUAACUGAUGAGUUUGUUAUGAUGUUUUACAAUAAUCAUGAUAGUGAUGGAAUUUCACGCGAAGAAUGGCGUUGUCAUUUACCAACGCCCGUGUGUUUGCAAGACUUUUUCGAUUUCGUAUUAGAGGAAGAAUACGAAUGGAUCCAAAGCGAAGAAAAACAGUAUGAUGAAUGUACUCUAUUAAAAACAAAAUUAGAAUGGAAAGAGUCGUUGGAUAAAGUUCCAACAAAAAGUUGUGUUGAAAAUAUUGAUGAUAUAGAUUCUGAGCUUUUAAUUACAGGUUCUCUAAAAUAUCAAGAAAGAAUACAAAGCGAUAGUCUAGAGGAAGAGGAUGUAGACCAUAAUAAUGUAUUGCCUAAAAUGACAGUUUCCUCAACUUCUAGCCCAGACUCCAAAAGCAGUCGCAAAACAAAAUCUGCACAAGAAAAAAAGAAAGGUGUCGAUGUGACAUCUGACGCAGACAAUGUUUCGGAAUAUAAUGCAUAUCUAAAAAGAUUUUCCGGUUAUAAUUUAGGGGAAAGGAGAGUUGAAGUAUUCGGGAAAGAUUCAAUUUAUUUUUCUAAGGAUGGUACAAAAAUGUGCAGUUUUUACACUAUUAUUAUACCAAUGAAUUUGGAGUAUUUAGUUUUAAAUGUCGUUCCGGGUAAUGGCAAUAAUGAAUUUUGGAUGCAGAAAAAGCUGGGAGAUGCUAAUAUUGACAAAAUAGAUAAUGUUGGCGAAUCCUUUAGAAUCAUUAGUAAAGAACAAGUAACAUACUAUAUAAAGAAAAAUUGGUAUCAGUCACCGAUACCUACGGUAACUUCGAUUUGUAGCCAAAGUAAAAUGAAACCAAACGAAGCCAUAAGCAAAUCUAAAGUGAAAACAACCAGUUCAAUUAACACUUUCGUAUGUGAUUCAAAAUUGUAUCAUAGUUUCGUAAUAACGUGGCCUAACGGCCUUAUUAUAGAGAGUGUACAUGAAGAAAAUUCCCCAAAAAUAAAUCACAUCAAACAAUUUUAUGUAAGUCAUGUAACAAAUAUAAAGGAAGAUAUGCGUUGUGUGACUUUAGAUGGUGAAGUUGUCAUUUUUAAAAAGUCUGGUAUUAUAGAAAUAUAUAGACCGGACGCCACUUAUAUUAAAAUUAUCAAAUGUGCAAAACGAAUUGUACAACAAGAAAUUGUAGAAGAGAUUCCCAGUGCCAGUAGUUCUGAGAAAAAUAAGAAAGUCAAAGGUAGAACCUCGUCCGCAAAAGAUAAGCUAGGUAAAUCCGCAUCAAAGGCUUCGAAAAGUGUUAUUGAACAGAAUGAAACUUCGACCGGCACCCCACGAUACGAGCUAUUCAUUGAUGAAUUCGAAAUAACGGAUUCCAAUGGGUUAAAGGAAAAAUGGGUUAACAAUCACCUCGUUGGCGCAGAAAAGCUACUUGUUAGGACGGCCACGGACUACAAUUUGGGUGAAGUAUUUUCCCGGCGAAUGGACGGCACUAAAACUUUACUCAAUAAAGACGGUCUGUUCGUUGCAACAUUCCAUGACAAUACCAGAAUCAUUACGACUUAUUCAAUUGAAGAUGAAGAAAUUUAUCCAGAGAUCGAUUCUGCUGACGUUUUGAGUUCUGGUGUUAUAUUUGAAAAUACUAAUACAUCAAAAAAUGUGGCUGGAUCUCCAAAAAGUAAGGAAAAUGUUUCAACACAUGGAAGUUCAUCAAGCAGCAUAUUAGGCGAAGAGGAAGUAGAAAUCAGAACCGAUGGUUUUAUAUCUGUACACUUGACUCAUACAAUAGAAAACGCAAACUUUGCUACUGUCACUGUAAAUAAAGCUAAUGGCGAUAUUACUGUCGAUUCUCCAAAUAAAACAUCUUUACUUGUAGAUGUAAAUGGGAAGUGCGAUUUUUCUCUUGAUAAAUCUACUUCUGCUAAUUUCGAUGGCGCAUCUUUAAAUAUAAAUUUUGAAGCCUGCAAUCAGUGUGAAUCUACUACAACUUGUACGGUAAAUAUUAAUAAUAUAAGAAACGCCAGUGAUACCGACCAGACAUGGUUAACUAUGAAGGAUUCAUUUGGUAAAAAUAUUAUUGUUGAUGUGGAAGGUGCAAUUACUAUAGUGAAUGAACCGUUGAAAGAAGAAGUUGAACAAAGCAGAGACGAAAAAAUAUCUAAUAAACCUACGGAGUCUUGUAUUACAUUGCUGGGAAAGUGUAGGGAAAUGUAUGACGCAAAGGCCUUGAGAUUUUUUGUAUUAAGGAGGGACUUGAGUUGUUCUGAGCUAGUCCACCGUUCUCUUAUGGAAGAGUACAAGAAUCGUUGCCGUUGGCAGCCUUGGUGUUCAAUCAACGAGUAUGAUACUUUUGGUGAUCAUCGAAAGAUUCUAUCUAUACUUACACCAUUACAACUCACUGAAACGGAAAAAUGGUUAAUGCGGUCUAAAUACUGUGAUAAGCCAACGCAUCUAAAGUUUAAAGACUUAAAAGAAGAUACGGGCAAAGGUUUUUAUCAUUGGAUGCGUCCCUAUGGUAGAUUCCGACCAGAGCCAAAGAGUAUUGAAGAUUUUAAAUUACCAAGACUGCCCAGAGCAUAUGUUUUAAGGACUCUAGAGUUACUGUGGGACGAGCAGUCUAGGAACAAUAUGAAAGGAGGUAAGGAGAUGGUGAAAGCUGUAUUAAAAUACCGACGUAUGAUGCAAGAGGAAUCAGAAGCUAUACUACAAGUGCCUAUCAGGGAUCCUAGGACUGAAGAAGAGAAAAAAAUUGACGAAAAGUUGCAAGAAAUAGCCCACAGGAUCUACCUAGACUUGAAGAACGAGCUCUCUGACAACAUACACAGCAGUGCUCGACCGACUAUAACGACUGAAUGUCAUAAACCUCCUCAACCACCGAUAUUUGCUAAAACGGGUGAAGUUGCAUGCGAAGAAUUAAAGAGAGCGUGGCAGGAGAAGCAAGAUGAAUACGUCAGAGCGGUGGAAGAGAUAUCGAGGCCGAGUGAGAACUUGCAGCGAUAUUGGCGCAGAAGGAGAGAAGAAGCCAAAGAGGAAGAGUUCUUCAAGCAAUUAUUACGUGAAGAGUCUAUCCCACCUUAUUUCCGCAACAUGUUGGGCGGCGCGGCGUGGUGGGAAGUGAACCACAUGGCCGGGGAAGCGGUCACGAAAGCUGGAGGUAGUCGAUGCGAGUGUUUGCGUCCAACAUCGACGGACACCAAGAAUCCUGCAAGUAAAUCUUAGUGUUCGUUCAAUAAAGUUUAU